AUGGUUCGCCGUGGCAAGGUAUCGAGAGCCGCCGGCUCGUCACUCGACCCGACACCGAUUGCGUCUACUCUUACGACGCCACUUAGCUCGGCCUACCCAUCGACAUAUGCUUCCGAAGCUGAAAUAGAUGCGCUUGGGGACAGCAUUGGCUCUCUCACGCUGGGUGAGAGAAGAGCAGCCAGGAGGAAGGCAAAACCUUUUGCGUUCAUGGCUUUGCCAUCGGAACUACGCCUAAAGAUUUACGACUACUACUUUGAAGGUAGCGGUGGAGUUGUGGACCUCGACCCUGACAACUACAAGAACUAUCACAAAAAGCUGGGAAUUCAAAGAACUUGCCGCACUAUCUACCAGGAAGUCUCCCAUUACUUUUAUAGCAGCCGCUCCUUCCGCAUCUUCCCAACGCAUCCGGGCAAGUACUUCAAAAGCAAGAAACCACUCUUGGCCCGUAUGAAGCCAAACUCAAAAUCGUACAUCACGUCCCUGGAACUCCGCCUUGGCCCCGGAUGGAGCAAGCCGCCGCGAGGCUGGGUGGUUACGCCAGCCCUCGGUCUGCACGAGUGUAUCAACGUGCGUCGCUUGACGGUACUAGUUGAAUGCGACCCCAGCGACGGCAUUUUCAACGGCUUCCGUCGGUCGGAUGGUUUCUAUGAAGGUUUCUGCCAAUCUCUUUUGACAGAAGUCUUUAACCAGAUGCCAUGGGUCGACACAGUGUUUUUUGACGCGUGGCCUGGAGUCAAGAAGUCGGGCGGGAUGAUGCGAGCACUUCUUGACGUGACUGCGGCGAACAACCGCAAGACAAAAUGGGGUCCCGAGAGAGGGUGGACUGAUGGACCCGAAGACGAGGCCAGGCCCAGCAACUUGGUCCUGGUGUCUCCGGCGUCAGAGUUUAACACGUCCACCAUGGGCGUGCUGGUAAUGGCGUAA